GAACAAAAGAAAAAUAUAUUUCAGCAGUAAUGGAUUCUGCCUGUUCCCCCGCUCUUGGCUUUGCUAUCAAUCAUUUAGGUUUUAUCCAGUGCCGAAGUUCAAGGACUUUGAGAAGAACGAGUGUCAGUGUUUCUCAAUCUCAGGAACAGAGCAACUUGGAGCCUCCGAAGAAACCAGACGGGAGAAUUGAAAACUUUAACUCCAAGUCAGUCACAAUAGAUAAAACUGUGAUACCCAAGUCUCAGAUAAUUCAGCGAGUCAGCCUCCCUCCAUUAGUUAGUGCAUUGAAAGCUUCGACAAAGCAAAAUGUUGCAAGUUUUCACUUCCCUGGGCAUAACAGAGGGCAGGCUGCACCCCCUUCAUUAACUCAGCUUAUUGGUGCAGCACCAUUUUUUCAUGAUUUACCAGAGCUUCCAGAACUUGACAACCUCUUUUCACCAGAAGGGCCCAUUUUAGAAGCACAAAAGCUAGCAGCCAAACUGUUUGGGUCAUCGGAGACAUGGUUUCUUGUUGGAGGUACUACUUGUGGCAUCCAAGCUGCAGUAAUGGCAACAUGUUCUCCUGGAGAUUAUAUAAUACUCCCUCGGAAUUCUCAUAUAUCCGCCAUAUCUGCCAUGGUAUUAUCUGGAGCAGUUCCUAAAUACAUCAUUCCCGAGUAUGAUUAUGCAUGGGACAUUAUGGGUGGCGUUACUCCAUUACAGGUAGAGACAGCUCUGAAGGAAUUGGAGUUAGAAGGUCAAAAGGCAGCUGCAGUUUUUGUUACCUCCCCGACUUAUCAUGGUAUAUGCAGCAAGUUGGGUGAGAUUUCCAAGCUCUGUCAUUCUCGUGGAAUUCCUUUAAUUGUUGAUGAGGCUCAUGGGGCGCAUUUUGGAUUUCAUCCGAAGCUGCCAUAUUCAGCUAUCCAGCAAGGAGCCGAUCUAGCCGUACAAUCUACUCACAAAGUUCUGUGCUCUCUUACACAGUCAUCAAUGCUACAUCUGUCGGGGAGCAUUGUAGAUAGAGAAAAAAUCUGUAGAUGCCUUCAGACUCUUCAAAGCAGUAGUCCUAGUUAUCUGCUUCUAGCUUCAUUAGAUGCUGCUCGAGCUCAACUAAGUGAAAAUCCUGAAGCUGUUUUUGAUAAAUGUGUGGAUGCAGCACUUCGAGUGAAACAUCUUAUCCGAAAAAUACCACAUAUUACAGUUCUUGAGUUGCGAAAUUUCCCCAAUUUUCCUGCUAUCGAUCCCUUGAGGCUUACCAUUGGUUUCUGGCAUCUUGGUUUAUCUGGUUAUAAAGCAGAUGAGAUUUUAUUUAAGGAUCAAGGAGUCAUUCCUGAACUUGUCGGUACCCAAUCUAUCACAUGUGCAAUCAACCUUGGAACUUGUGGGGAUCAUCUUCAAAGGCUUGUGACAGGGAUAAAGAAUUUAUCAGCAAAAGCUAUAUCAUCAAAAAUUCUGAACACAGAAAGGUGGGCGGAGGAUAUAAAUCAAGCACCUUUUGCUUAUAUGACCAUGGCAAUGAGCCCUAGGGAGGCCUUUUUUGCGAAAAAGAAGAGAGUGAGUAUAGGAGAGAGCCUUGGUGAGAUUUGUGGGGAGCUUAUAUGCCCGUACCCACCAGGAAUUCCUGUGAUGAUCCCCGGUGAGAUUAUCACAGAAAGAGCUUUGAAUUAUCUGCUGCAGGUUAGACACAACGGUGAUGUUAUUAGUGGAGCUUCUGAUCCAUUAUUGUCUUCCCUGGUUGUCUGUAGCAUCUAAUCUCAUGCUAACUUGGUGCAGCUGCUGCAAUGAUGUGUAGACCAGGAUGGCAUGUCAUUGGGUAAAUAUUUUGUAGGAACUUGAUAAGGGAAGAAAAUCUAGCAAUGCUACUUGCUGUUGGUGCUGCAAUUCAAUUUUCAGUUUUUGUAUCUCUCUGAUUUUAGAGUCUUUUUAUUAUUAUAUAAAAAUUUAAUGUAUGUUAUUAACAAUUUGAGUACAAGAAUUUAACUUUCUAGUUAGCAAUA